CUACAAGGAUCUGUUUGGGGUUUGGAGCAGGACACUUCAGAGACAUGUCCUUAUAUCUGAGACCUGUAAUAUCUGAGACCUGUAAUAUCUGCCUAAAGAUAAUAUAAUAGGAGACCUUUAAAUAUGAAAGGUUUGGGAGCUAUUUCACUGAGACACCUCAUCGCGGAGCUUUUCAGGCUUCCCUAAAGGUAUAUUAGAACACCCUAAAUGUGAUGUCUUAAAGCUGGAGUACUUGUGAAGGAUAAAAACGUGGACUUUCUGGUAAACAACUUGAUUUUGUUGAGUAAACGUUUUAUUCAUAAGUGUAAAUAUCUGAAAGCUAGACCUCAUAUCAACGGAUGGAAGAAUUCAUACAAAGUUUUUGCAAAAUCGCAAAACUUAAUAGCGGAGCUAUUUCAAUGUGACACCUCAUCGAGGAGCUGCCGGAGUUAUUCCCCUGUGACACCUCAUCGUGGAGCUGCCGGAGUUAUUUCACUGUGACACCACAACAUGGCGCUUGAAGAGAAAAUCAAACCGAGCCGCGAAAAAUGCGAAUAUACCAGCUGCUACUGUGAGGAGAAUGUUUGGUGUCUCUGUGAGUUCUUCAGGAGAGAGGAUGCUGCUCAGCUGGAGGACAUGUUUAUAGUUUUUAUCUCCAAUGAGAACAGAACGGUUCCUCUGUGGAGGCAGACGUCUGGACGGGGGGGGCAGCCGGUGGUCUGGGAUUACCACGUGGUUCUGCUGCAGGCGAGCUCUUCUUCUGUGGUUUAUGAUCUGGACUCGGAGCUGCCGUUUCCCUGCAGCUUGAAGCGUUACUCCUCUGAUGCUCUGAGGAGUGAGAGGGGGAUACGACCAGCUUAUCACAGGAAGUUCCGUGUUGUUCCCGCUCACAGCUUCCUGUUGAACUUUGCGUCCGAUCGAUCGCACAUGAAGAACUCUGACGGCUCGUGGAAGAUGCCCCCCCCCCCCUUACCCCCCCAUACACACUACAGAGAGCCGGAUGAACCUUGAUGACUUCAUCAGUAUGCGCCCUGCUUACGGCUGGGGGCGGGUCUUCAGUCUGGAAGAGUUCCUGCAGACACACCUGGGGGGGGCCUCACCUUCAUCUUAACCUUCAUCACCUUCAUCUUAACCUUCAUCACCAUCAUCUUCAUCAUCUUCACCUUCAUCAUCUUCAGCAGCUUUAUCUUCGUCUCCAUCGUGCUAAUAAAAUGUUUGGGAUAUCCCGCUUUAAAACUAUCGAUCAUCAUCAUUUAUUAUUAUAAAUAUUAUUUGUAUUCUUGUUGUUGAUUGGUUGUCAGUUUACAGUUGACUCUUUGUAAACAAACCUCAGGGUCAGAGGUCAGACUGAAAAAUGUUGCUGUUUGUGUGUAAAUAAACCUGUGUGUUUAUGAUAA